CUUGGAAAGAGUGAGGUUGUCAUUGUCUCAAAUGGUGGCCAUUGGCACGAGAAUUAAAAAGAAGGCGCAGAAAACCAAAAUCUUAAAACGACCACAAAAGAAAUGAGAAAAAGGUCAAAAGCUCCUCCGUGUGGGGUGGCAGCAAAUCAGAUUCUGCCCUUUUUUUCGUUUCGUUUUGGUACUCUGUUAACUCAGAACUCAAAACAGUGACAUCACUAAGGAGUUUUCCUGCUGAUAUAUAAAUACCUCUGUUUUGGUCCCAUUCUUUUCACUUGUCCUAAAUUCUUCAUCUCUGACAAAAACCCAUUCCAUUUUUUUUGCAGAGCUCUAAGAAGAUGGCGGGGGCAAACUCCGGUUCGCCUCAGUUCAUGACUAACGUCACUGGAAAUCAGGGGAGUCCCAGUCAGCCGUUAAUCGAUGAUAUUGAAUACGAUCAAAUUGUCGUAUCAGAUAAGAAAAGCUGGAAGAAUUUUUUCUCUUACUUGGGUCCUGGCUUUCUUGUUUCCAUUGCCUACAUUGAUCCAGGAAACUUUCAGACUGAUUUGCAAUCAGGAGCUCAGUUCAAGUACGAGCUGUUGUGGAUCAUAUUACUGGCAUCGCUUGCAGCUCUUGUUAUCCAAUCCCUGGCAGCAAACCUGGGUGUUGUUACCGGGAAGCAUUUAGCAGAGCACUGUAGAAAGGAGUACCCAAAGGUGACCAAUUUCAUCUUAUGGAUUCUUGCUGAAAUCGCAGUUGUUGCCUGUGACAUUCCUGAAGUGCUAGGAACAGCAUUUGCAUUGAACAUGCUCUUCAAUAUUCCAUUAUGGUGUGGUGUUCUAAUCACGGGACUCAGUACAUUGGUGCUUCUUUUACUUCAGCAAUAUGGGGUGAGGAAACUUGAAAUCUUCAUUGCUGUGCUGGUAUUUACGAUAGCAAUAUGCUACUUUGUGGAACUUGGUUAUGCAAAGCCAAAAGCUUCAGAGGUUCUCCGUGGCCUCUUUGUGCCACAGCUCAAGGGAAGUGGUGCAACUAAGUUGGCCAUUUCAUUGCUUGGUGCUAUGGUUAUGCCGCACAAUCUCUUCCUCCAUUCUGCUCUGGUCUUAUCUAGGAAAAUUCCACGAUCUGUUGCCGGUAUCAAAGAGGCUUGUAGAUUUUAUCUAUUAGAAAGUGGAUUUGCUCUGUCUGUGGCCUUCCUCAUCAAUGUCUCAGUCAUUUCUGUGAGUGGUGCAGUUUGCAAUGCUUCAGAUUUGAGUGUAGAAGAUCAACAGAAUUGUGCAGACUUGGAUUUGAACAAAGCAUCAUUUCUACUUAAAAAUACUUUAGGCAGUUGGAGCUCCAAAAUAUUUGCGAUUGCUUUGCUUGCAUCGGGACAAAGUUCUACAAUUACUGGAACAUAUGCUGGGCAAUACGUUAUGCAGGUGGCAAGGGCUUUUCUUUAUUUUUUUUUAAUGUUUAAUUUCUUUUUGAUGAAAUUAGCCCGUUUUCAAGGUACUAGUAUCUUUCUCUGUAGGGAUUUCUUGACUUGCGAAUGAAACCAUGGAUCCGUAACUUCUUAACUCGAUGCCUUGCCAUAGUCCCUAGUCUUAUAGUAUCAAUCAUUGGUGGUUCAAAUGGUGCUGGAAAUCUGAUCAUUAUUGCAUCGGUCAGCACUCCUUUUUUCUUAGCCUUCAAUAUCAGUAUGAACUUUGUAUUUUUUUUUUUUAAAUCUGUUUCCCUGCACGGUUUCUGACUACAUACACUCUUGAUAUUGUUGAUUUAUUGCAGAUGAUCUUAUCUUUUGAACUGCCUUUUGCACUUAUACCACUACUCAAGUUCACUAGUAGCAAAACUAAGAUGGGACCAUAUGCUAACUCCAGACUGGUAAGAGACUAAUAGCAUAUUUCCUUUCCAGACAUAAGUUCUCUUUUACCGGUGUUACUAUAUGGUGACAUUUGUUCUUUGUGAACAGAUCUCUGCAAUAACUUGGGUAAUUAGCUCUCUGAUAAUGGGAAUCAACAUCUAUUACCUGGCAGAGAAGCUGGUAACAUCACUUCGUCAUGGACAUUUAGGAGUUCUUGGUACAGUGUUUUGUGGGAUUCUAGGAUUUGCCGCUAUGUUAAUUUAUUUGGCGGGUGUUAUAUACUUGAUCGUGAGAAAGACUAAGAAGGGAGACCAUCUUUUGGUGCUGACGGAACAUGAAACUAGACCAAUGUCUACUGAAACCGGAAAUCCACCGGUUGUUAGCUUGCCCAGGGAGGACAUAGUUAGCAUGCAAUUGCCUCAGAGGAGGUCUAACUCAGAGGUCGACUGAAAAGUGUGACAGGAAUUGCCUAUUGAGGAAGAAUUAGAGGACUUCUUUAGUUAACCUUUUUCGACUGAAGUCCAUUGUUAAUGGCGUUUGCCCGUAAAAUGCCUCCUGUUAUUCAAAAAAUUGCAGUGGUCAGUUGAGCUUUUCGUUGAGUUUUCCAUUGCUUUUAACUGCUUGCCAUGCUUCUAACUUGAAAUUAUUUACUAAUUUUUGGUACCUGAGGAUCCUUUCCACUAUGGUUUUGUUUUAUGUGUACCCACUAUUUUCUCAGUUUUAUAUUUGUAACAGAAUUAGAGAACUUUUAAUCGGUACGUACUAUUCAAUGAAAUAGUCAAGGAUUAAUAGUGACACGUGUCAUCGUCGAUCAAACUCUCUUUUAUUAUAAAUAAAAUAAAAUGUAAAAAGUAAG